AUGUCUACCGGAGUUGGAAUGUCUUCGUGCUGCUUGACCGGCAAGGUCCAAGAGGGAACUCCCAAGGGCCAUGUCGAGACAAUCGCUGGUCUUCAGACCUACGUUGCCGAGCCCAAGGACGGCUCAAAGUGGAAGACCGUCAUCUUCCUCGUCGACAGCAAGUCAACGCCCUCUCAACCUCGAAAGUCCCACACACUAACGAAAAACNNAGUCUUCGGAUGGGAGUUCAAGAACACUCGCCUGCUCGCCGACCAGUACGCCGCCAACGGCUUCACUGCCUACAUUCCUGAUGUACACGAGGGUGACUCGCUCGACAUCGAGUUCCUCCAGACUGUCGAGCCCCAAAAGACCGAGCGCGACUCUCGCUCGCUGACAGAAAAGGCCACUGCCACUGCAAAGACUGGCGCAACACUCGGCCCCUGGCUGCUCAAGCACCGCGAGAGUGUCGCUCGUCCCUUGAUCGAGAACUUCAUCAAGCAAGUUCGCAUGAUCCCUGGCACCAACAAGGUCGGUGCAAUUGGCUUCUGCUGGGGUGGCAGAUAUGUCGUCCUGGCUGGAGACAGAGACUUUAGCGGCGCCGAGGGCAUGGGUGUCGACGCCAUCUACAGCUGUCACCCUUCGCUUGUUGCCAUUCCUUCCGACUUUGAAGGUCUCGCUGUUCCCGCAUCGUUUGCGCUCGGCGAUUCGGACAGCUUGCUCGGAAACAAGGAGGUCGACCAGAUCAAGGAGCUCAUGACCAAGAAGAAGAGCGAGGGAAUUGACACCGAGGUACGUGUCUACGAGGACCAGGUCCAUGGAUUCGCACUGCGCGGAGAUUGGAACUCGGAAAAGGACAAGAAGGCCAUGGAUGAGUCGUGCAAGCAGGGCAUCGACUGGUUCAACAAGCACCUGGCAUAA